AUAAAUGGCCUGUGAACAGUUUAGGGUCUAACCCUGCCCUGUCCGAUCAGCAAGAGAGUGUUGGGAUAAGAGCAGAUGAAAGCCUUAUGCCACAGCAGUGCCUGCAGCAGAGAAAGGAUUCCCUCCUCCACCUCACGCCCCACUGCUGCUGCUGCUCUCCAGCCUGCAGUUUCCUCUAAGGCUCUGGAUUGGCUGGAAGAGCAACAGAGGGCUGGGAAAGAGCUUCUAUAUAUGCCUCAGAAGGAAAGGCAUCCCAGACAGUUUUGAAGUUUUCAAAGACUGGUUCUGCUGUUAAGAAGUUGUACUUAAAGCGGAGGAGCUAAGCCACCUGCCAAAAUGUGCAAAGGACUUGCAGCUUUGCCCCACUCAUGCCUGGAAAGGGCCAAGGAAAUUAAGAUCAAGUUGGGAAUUCUCCUCCAGAAGCCAGACUCAGCUGGUGACCUUGUCAUUCCAUACAAUGAGAAGCCAGAGAAACCAGCCAAGACCCAGAAGCCCUCGCUGGACGAGGCCCUGCAGUGGCGUGAUUCCCUGGACAAGCUCCUGCAGAACAACUAUGGGCUUGCCAGUUUCAAAAGUUUCCUGAAGUCUGAAUUCAGUGAGGAAAACCUUGAGUUCUGGAUUGCCUGUGAGGAUUACAAGAAGAUCAAGUCCCCUGCCAAGAUGGCUGAGAAGGCAAAGCAAAUUUAUGAAGAAUUCAUUCAAACGGAGGCUCCUAAAGAGGUGAAUAUUGACCACUUCACUAAGGACAUCACAAUGAAGAACCUGGUGGAACCUUCCCUGAGCAGCUUUGACAUGGCCCAGAAAAGAAUCCAUUCCCUGAUGGAAAAGGAUUCACUGCCUCGCUUUGUGCGCUCCGAGUUUUAUCAGGAGUUAAUCAAGUAGUAAUUUAGCCAGGCUGUGAAAUCAUCCUGUGAGUUAUUUCCUCCAUAAUAACCCGGCAUUUCCCAGUAAUCUAUAUAUCUUCCCACAGCAGCUUUGCUCAAUGAUACCCACAUGGGAAAAAUCCCAGGGGAUGUUGCUUACUCUUUUUGUGUACACUGCUUUGGAUGCUUAGCUACUCUCCGAAGGCCUUCUUUCCCCACUCAAUUCUUCCUGCCCUGUUCUAAAUUAAGAUGUCUCCAGUUUUAGUCAGACCCAAUCGGAAUCACAGAAAAAUCCUGCCUAAGGCAAAGAAAUAUAAAGCAAGAAUAUGGUAUCAAUGAAUGUGGAUUUAGGUAAUAGAUUUCCACCUAAAUUGGUCUGAAAAAAAAUCUAAGUGUGGACAGACCUAUUUCAAAGGAGCUUAAUUGAUCUCACUUGUUUCAGUUCUGAUCCAGGGAGCUCACUCCUCUAUUUCUGAACUUGGUUAAUAAAAGGUGAUAAGAUUUUAACGAAGCAGCCACUGUAUAUUUUAAGCAAACAUGUUAUUUAAAAUAUUGAUUCUUCCCUUGGAACACCUUCAUGUGAGCUAGGUAUUAUAAAUAAGAGAUACAACCAUGAAUAUAUUGUGUUUAUACAAAAUCAAUCUGAACACAAUUCGUAUAGAUUCCUAUUUUUACCUUCCUCACUACCCCCCCUCCACGUGCCCAUAGUUACCAAAUUCUGUUUUAAAUCAAUGAUCUAAGGUCAGCAGUGAACUACUUUAUAUGUAUCUAUGCUCCUAGACUGUAGGUCAAAUGUUUGCAUUUUCAAAUUAUUUAAAAUUCUUAUUAGUGUAAAAUUCACAAAUUUCUAAAUCCAAUCAUGUAAAAUGAAACUGUAUCUUCAUUGUAGUAGACUCCCAUCUAAAUAUCAAGAUGGCUAUACACUAAAUAGAGAAAAUAUGGUCAAUUCUAAAAUGGCUAAUUGUCCUACAAAGCUAUGAUCAUAGACUAAUGACAUUUGUCUUCAAAACACCAAAUUGUCUUUAGAAAAAUUAAUCUGACUAUAGGUAGAGGCCUUCUAAGGUGAGACACAUUUAAGGUACACUGCAUUUUGCAAAAAAAAAAAAGUAAUCUUUUAGCAACCCCAAUAUUCCCUCACUAUUUUGCUUCCUGCAUUAGUAAAUUUUACUUACAGUCAAAAGCACAGAUUUAUGCUCCUGAUAUGCCUUAUUCACAGCUAAUUGAUAGGCCAUAGGAUUUUUGGUAGGUUUAAACUUUUAAUUCCGUAUUUCAUGAUUAUAAGUCUUGCUAGAAUUUUUUCUAAUCUUUAAUAGAUUUGAUUAAAUAAUGAUUCACAGAAUUUAGUAACAAAAUCAAAGUAAACCAUGUAUGAGGGUAAUCGAGAUGAGGAUAUUGAGUUAACUCAAAAGGAAGAGGGUGACUUUUAAAGGAUUAAUAAAAUUCUGAAAUGUUAAGUAGAA